CACCUUGAAGACGUGGAGCAGGACGGUUGCCGGUCACAGGGAAUGGCGACCGGUUGUGCUUGACGACAGGCAAAGCAAGACUGUUUUCAUGACAGCGAGUGGCAAGACGAGGAGCACACUUCAGCGGAAAGCGAAGGACCACGCGCAGCGUAUUCGUGAAGAAAAGUUGGGGAUCUGGUGCUGAAUUGCGGGUUUCAAGUGCUUGUUGUAGGUUGAUGCAAUCGCUGAAGUGCGGAGGUCUUGUGCCGGAAGUAAGCAGUUUAACGGUGAGAAUUACAGGUGCUCUCCGACUUUCGUCUGACACCGUGUUUGUGUAUGUUCAUAUGAAAUCAGGAGAUCGCACCCAAGACUACUUUUUGCGGCAGCAGAGCUAUUGAAAAUGAGCUUCCUUUUUGGGAAGAAGAAGACUCCCGCAGAACUUCUGCGGGAGAAUAAGCGGAUGUUAGAUAAAUCCAUUCGAGAAAUUGAACGCGAGAGACAGAGUUUGCAGGCGCAAGAAAAAAAACUGAUAACUGAGAUCAAGAAAACUGCUAAGCAGGGACAGAUGGGUGCUGUGAGGGUGAUGGCAAAGGACCUUAUCAGAACACGUCACCAAAUUACAAAGUUUUAUGGACUCAAAUCACAACUUCAGGGUGUAUCUCUCCGCAUAGUGACACUCAAAUCAACUCAAGCAAUGGGCGAAGCAAUGAAAGGAGUUACUAAAGCUAUGGGACAAAUGAACAAGCAACUCAACCUUCCUGCCCUUCAGAAUAUCAUGCAAGAGUUUGAGAGGCAAAACGAAAGGAUGGAAAUGACAACGGAGGUUAUCGGAGAUGCUAUUGACGAUGCUCUUGAGGGUGAUGAGGAAGAGGAGGAAACAGACGAGCUUGUUAGUCAAGUUCUUGACGAGAUUGGCGUUGACCUAGAUGCUCAGCUAGUUACUGCUCCAGCAAACUCAGCAGCUGCACCGGUCCAGUCAGGACCUGCAAAAGUGGCUCAGCCAACAGGAGCUGCAGACGAUACUGGGAUCGAUAGUGACCUUCAAGCCCGAUUAGACAACCUUAGGAAAAUGUAGGCAUCUUCAUAAAUGGUCGAUGUGCAUCGACAUGGCUAUUUCUCAGAAUUGGUUUGUAAGACCCUAAUUCCUCAGCGACUUGUGGAUAAUGUACAGUAUCAUCCCGAAAGGGGGAAAAGCGGUACAAAGCUUUGUUUCGGAUAAUGUAAAGAGUGUGGUUAGAGAGACACUGUGGAGGUAACUGUCAAAGUAGAUGGUUAUUUUCCUGAGCAUGUGAAGAUAGUACUGAGAGAUCAAGAGUGCAAUUCUUUUGGCACAAGGUGUGAUUCAAACAUGUGUCUAUAGGUUUUGUUCAAGCUUUAUGACCUUCAGCCUGCUGAUUUAUGUAUCAUAUGUCCUUUUUGGGUAUUG